AUACACCUUUGUCUUCCCAAACAUCACAACCUACCAGUGGUGGUUCUUCCAUGUCUUUAGAUAUGAGCUCUUCAUCAAAUAUGACUGCACUUGAAAAACAGUUGGCACUAAAGGAGCAAAAAAGAAAGGAAAGAAAGGCUGGUAUUAUAAACAAUGACGUGGAUAGGUAUCUUUCGGAUGAUGUUGAAGGUGAUGAAGAUUCAAGUUUUGACAUCUUGAAUUGGUGGAGGGUGAAUGGGGCUUGUAAAUACCCUGUUUUGGCAUCCAUUGCAAAGGAUAUUCUUGCUAUUCCGGUGUCCACAAUUGCUUCAGAGUCAUGUUUCAGCACUAGUGGGCGAGUAAUUGAUCCAUUCCAUAGUUCAUUGAGUCCUAAAAUGGUUGAAGCCUUGAUAUGCACACAAAAUUGGCUUAGGAGUACUCACGUUGCAUUACAUCAUGAACCAACUAUUGAAGAAAUGGAAUUUUGUGAAGAAAUUGAGAAAGAACUUGCAUGUGGAGAAAUCCUCAACAAUGGGAAAAGCUUGCCUUCAAAUGUCAGGAAAUAAAAUUCAAGGAGGCUUAAAGUUGAAGAAUCAGAAGUCAAUGACCAUGUGUAUACUUAUUCCCGUUGAUGAGGAUGGGAUAUGCUUGAAGAACUUAUAUUUUUGUGGAUGAGGAUGUUCAUCAUUUCAGUUUAAUGCCUUUGCUUUUUUCAUUUUAUUUUGGGACUGCAUUUUAUUUUCAUUUUAGUUGGGACUGCAUUUUAUUUUCAUUUCAGUUGGGACUACAUUUUAUUUUACUGUUGCACUAUUUCCAAGUUUACUGCACUUAGCUUUUAGGUGUCAUGUACUAAUGUUCUAGUGCACUAUACUUUUAGGUGUCAUGUACUAAUGUUCUAGUGCACUAUAUUUAAAUUGUAAGGCAG